GCUAACCCAGGGGUCAUGGCGGUGGUGCAGGACGUGGUGGAAAGUCGUCUGCACCAUGGCAACGGCGACUCCAUCAGCCACCUAGCGGAGACCCCGCGAGGUGCACCCGUGAGGAAGCUCGUCAUCCUGGGGGAGGGACAUGAGGACAUCCCGAGGGUCUAUCAGACUUGCAGAUAUUACGAGCAGAAAUGGGACGACUGGGUGGACCUGUCCUCCAUGCCUCCGGGAACGGUUACCAGGCACGCCGUUGCCAUGGUGAGCCACGCCCUGUACGUGCUGAGCGACCUUAAGGACAGACACGAGCUGUACCGGUACGACCUGGGGGUCAAAGGUUGGAAGAAGCUGGCUGGGCCCGAGCACAGACGGACCGGGUACGCGCUCAGCGCCUGGCGGGAGCACCUCUUCCUCAUUGCCGGGAAGUGCCCGGUCACGACCGCGGUGGAGGAGUACGUGCCCACGGAAAACGAAUGGAAAUCUAUCACAGGUCCAUUUUAA